AUGAGACCGCUGCGCAUUACCUACAACGCGAUACGAACCAUGAUCAACCAGUACGAUAUCAGUGCAAAAUUUCUCGAUCUCGUUCUCUCCUUUGGUGAUAAACCACAGAGCUCGAAUGCCGGACAUGGUGGAAUGGCUGUUUCGCAUCGCGAGGAUGGAUCAUACGAUAUACAAUAUCUCUUUACCUAUGCCGAGGAUUAUGCUGCAAAUGGGAAGACCUUAUGGACCAUCCGACAAGUCUGCGUCUUUCAUCGUCAUGAUCCCUCAGGGUCCGGGAAUUUGUGGAUCCUGCUGCAUGCUCAGCGGAAUUCAAAGUUGCAGCAACAUGUCGAGGCGGCUCUUCGCGCUGAGCCAGGGAUUUUGCUCUCGGAAUGGUACUCGAUGCAUUCUUUGGUCUUAUCUACUUAUUUGACGGGUUGGAGGUGGUGUAUUGGCAAACUUGGUCGGGAGAUUGAAAGAACUGUAGACGCAGCCCUGACCUUUGAGCCCUCGGACACCGACGACGACAAGAAGAGUCUUCUUAGCCUCUUGAAGCCGCAAUACCUCGGUGACAAACUCCUACCGCUCUCAUCCAGACUCGGCGUUGCAUUGGAUAUUAUCCAAAAGUUUGAAGAGCUUAACACAGAGCUCAACUCAAAACGACUUACAUCCGAAGGCAGCUUUCGGCAUGUCAUGGAUGAGACCACAUACCACAAAACCAUCUUACAGGGCUACUUGAAUAGUAUCUCUGUCCUGGAGAAGAAGGUCCAGGGAAUCUCAGAUCUGCUCGCCGUAUCCCUCAAUCUCAACUACCAAGCCGUGACUGUGGAAAUCAACAACAAAAUGUUGAAACUUACAAACGCUGCAAUCAACGACAAUGCGACCGUGAAAGUCGUGACUCUAGUCACCUUAAUCUAUCUUCCUGCCAGUUUUGUCUCCACUCUCUUAGGAAUGAAUCUUUUCGACUUCGACGGCGAGAAGGAUGGUGGUGGGUUCACCAUUUCCCGUCAGUUCUGGAUCUUCGUUGUCGCCGCUGUUCCUCUGACGUUUCUUACUUUGGCCUCUUGGUAUCUUAUCACUCAACGGCGACUUCGGUUGAUUAGGAAGCAUAAGGGCUCGGACGAGGAGAAGAUGGAGUGA